AAGAAAUACCGAAAGCUGAUAUAACACUGAAAGUUAUUGGCCAUCAAUGGUAUUGGAGUUACCAAUAUCCAGAAUAUCAAGGUGUGUCAUUUGAUAGUUAUAUUAAGGGAAAAGAAGACUUUAUCGAAGGAGAUUUAAAGCUAUUCUCUGUUGAUAACAACAUCGUUUUACCCAUUAAUACUAAUGUUCGUUUACAAGUUACAGCAGGAGAUGUGAUACACAGCUGGGGAGUGCCGGCUUUUGGUGUAAAAAUUGAUGCGAUACCAGGUAGGCUGAAUGAGGCGUGGUUUAAUAUCAAAAAGUCUGGUGUUUAUUACGGGCAGUGCUAUGAAUUGUGUGGUCAAGGCCAUGGAUUUAUGCCAAUUGUUGUUGAAGCAGUAAGCAAAGAAGAUUUUAAUAAGUGGAUUGAAAAUAGAAAAUUAGUGAGUUAAAUUUGGAGUAUAGAUAUGAGUGACGUACCAAAGGGCGUAAAGCGUUGGUUGUUUUCCACCAAUCAUAAAGAUAUAGGGACACUGUACAUUAUUUUUUCCAUAUUAGCUGGAAUUAUUGGUGGAUUAUUAUCGGUGAUUAUUCGCAAUCAGCUAAUGCACAUUAAUAUACUUAACAAUAAUUAUCAAUUAUAUAACGUAAUGGUUACAGGGCAUGCGUUGAUAAUGGUGUUUUUUAUGAUAAUGCCAGCCCUCAUGGGAGGAUUUGGUAAUUGGUUUGUGCCUCUUAUGAUCGGUGCACCAGAUAUGGCGUUUCCUCGUAUGAAUAAUUUGAGUUUCUGGUUAUUAGUGUCAUCUUUUAUUUUGCUCAUUCUCUCAGUGUUUAUUGGUGAAGGUCCAGGUACAGGUUGGACUUUAUAUCCACCUUUAUCACAGGUAAUGUCCCAUCCAAGUGCAGGAGUUGACAUUGCUAUACUUGCACUUCAUGUUGCUGGUAUGUCGUCAAUUGUUGGGGCGAUCAACUUUAUAGUUACUAUAUUUAACAUGCGCGCAAAAGGCAUGUCAUUAACUAAGAUGCCACUGUUUGUUUGGUCUGUCUUGCUAACAGCAUUUAUGUUGAUUGUUGCCUUACCAGUGCUUGCCGGUGCUAUAACUAUGCUUCUUACUGAUCGCAAUAUUGGUACUUCCUUUUUUGAUCCUGCCGGUGGUGGCGAUCCUGUGUUAUUUCAACAUCUAUUUUGGUUUUUUGGUCAUCCAGAAGUUUACGUAAUUAUUUUUCCUGCAUUUGGCAUCAUAAGUCAGGUUGUAUCAACUUUUUCUCACAGACCUGUAUUUGGUUACAUAGGGAUGGUUUAUGCAAUGAUAGGUAUAGCAGUAUUUGGCUUUAUGGUUUGGGCUCACCAUAUGUUCACUGUUGGGCUUAGUGCUGACGCUGCUGCAUUUUUUAGCACUACCACAAUUUUUAUCGGUGUUAUAACUGGUGUAAAAGUCUUUAGCUGGAUUGCAACUAUGUGGGGCGGAGCAAUUGAGUUUAAAACCCCUAUGCUAUUUGCACUAGGUUUUAUUUUUAUGUUUGUUGGCGGUGGCAUAACGGGAAUAAUUCUUUCUCAUGGUGGAAUAGAUAAGCUCCUGCACGACACCUAUUAUGUUGUUGCUCACUUCCAUUAUGUCAUGUCACUUGCUGCAUUAUUUGGAGCUUUUGCUGGCUUUUAUUAUUGGAUUGGUAAAAUGUCGGGUAAACAAUAUAAUGAGCGCUUAGGUCAAAUCCACUUUUGGCUUACUUUUAUUAGCACCAAUAUCACUUUUUUACCUCAACAUUUCUUAGGAUUAGCUGGUAUGCCAAGGCGUAUACCUGAUUAUCCUGAUGCGUUUAUCCCUUGGAAUUAUAUAUCCUCAAUUGGUUCGUAUAUGUCCUUUGUUUCAGUUAUGUUUUUUGUGUUUAUAGUUAUACAUCUUUUUAAAUGGGGCAAGAAAGCUGGAGAUAAUCCUUGGGGAGGUGACACCUUGGAAUGGACGGUAUCUUCACCACCGCCUUUUCAUACUUUCGAAAAACCACCAGUGGUAAAAUAGAAUGUACACAAGUGUUUUGCUAAAUGUUGAAUCAACAAUACUGGAUUUUUGGCGUUUGCUGAAGCCAAGGAUAAUGUAUCUUGUGGUAUU